AUGACAACAUCAUCUGAAACCCCACAAUCUGGAAUGUUUAAACCAACCGGAGAUAAUGUUGACCUAGCAUGGCAGUUUAAUAGUGUAAAAGACAAGAAUAAUAGGAAGAAGGUGACAUGUGAUUUUUGUCAAGUUGAAACUAGUGGUGGAAUUACUAGAGCAAGACAACAUCAGCUAGGAAUAAGGGGAGACGUAAAAAGCUGCAGAAAAAUACCACCAGAUUGUAAGCUAUUGUUGCAGACAGAUUAUGAUGAGAAACAAGCACUAAAAGAUGGAAUAUUAAAUGAGAUGGAAGUUCAAAUUGACGAUGAUGUUAAUGAUGAUGUAGCUGAAAUAAGGAGAAUUCGAAGUGGAAAAAGGGCAAUUGAAGCCCCUUUACCGGCUGCCAAGAAGACAAAAGGUCCCGUGGAUUUAAUGUUCAUGAAAAAAACAGAACUCAAAUUGGGGAAAGACAAGAGACAAACAAGCAUAAUUGAUACUUGUGACAAAGAAGCAAGAGCAAGAACGGUCCAAUACAUUGCUCGUUUUUUUUACACAAAUGGAAUUGCUUUCAAUGUUGCAAGCUCAAAAAGCUUCAAGUUGAUGUUGGAAGCAGUUGGAAAUUACGGUCUUCAUUUGAAACCUACAAGAUAUCAUGAGUUGAGGGUUCCACUCCUUGAAAAAGAGUUGGAAUAUACAAAGGCUUUGUUGAAUGGUCAUCAAUUGCAUCGCGCAAAAUACGGAUGCUCAAUUAUGUCAGAUGGUUGGACGGAUAGAAAGAAUAGGACUUUGAUAAAUUUCUUGGUGAAUUCCACAGCAGGAACAAUGUUUGUGAAGAGUAUUGAUGCUUCUGCCUACAUGAAGACUGGAAUUAAAAUAUUUGAGCUAUUGGACAAUUUUGUUGAGGAGAUUGGAGAACAAAAUAUUGUGCAGGUGGUUACUGACAAUGGAAGUAAUUAUGUAUUGGCUGGUAAACUACUAACUGCCAAGAGACCACACUUGUUUUGGACUCCGUGUGCUGCACAUUGUCUAGACCUGAUGUUAGAAGAUAUUGGAAAGAUUGCUAAGGUUAAAAUGGUUAUUCAAAAAGGGAUUAGUCUUGUUGGCUUCAUUUAUAACCACACAUUGGCAUUGAACAUAAUGAGGAAGAACACUGGCAAUGUUGAAUUGGUUAGACAUGGAGUCACAAGAUUUGCUACCACAUUUCUUACUUUGCAAAGAUUGCAUAAACAAAAAACCAACCUUAGAAAGAUGUUCACUUCUGAAGAAUGGUUGAAGUCCAAGGCAGCUAAUGAUCCUAAGGGAAAGAAAGCAACUCGUAUUGUACUUUUGACAUCAUUUUGGAAUGAUAUCAUCUACACUCUUAAGGUUAUGGAACCUCUUGUACAAGUGUUAAGACUUGUUGAUAAUGAGAAAAAACCUGCAAUGGGAUAUAUAUAUGCAGAAAUGAUCAAGGCCAAGGAGGAUAUUCGAAAAGCUUUCAAUGAACAAGCAAGCAAGUACAUAGAUGUAUUUGCAAUCAUUGAUGAAAGGUGGAAAUGUCAACUUCAUCAUCCAUUGCAUGCUGCAGGCUACUACCUAAAUCCGAAGUAUUUUUAUAGCAGACCAGAAAUUGAGAAUGAUCCCAUAUUGAAUAUAAGAUUGUUAAUGGUCUCUUUGGAUUGA